AUGACAUCAGCAGAGCAAUUUGCAUCAGAGAUCUCAAAUUAUUACUAUGAUCAACAACAGUCAAAUCCGAGACUUACAACCACCAAUAAUUCCGCCGCAGUACCGACAUCACUCUCCGCUCCAACAUAUUAUCCAAAUGCGCAAUACAGUGCUCCUGAUUCCAGUCAACAUGGUCCGAGCUCAUCAUGUAGUUACAAUAAUGGAGAAUGGAAUAAAAAUGGAAAAGAUGUUGAAAAAGAGGAGGAUGAUGAAGAGAAGAAUAAUGUGGCCGUAUAUCCAUGGAUGACACGAGUUCAUUCAGCUAGUGGUUCAAAUCGAGGUGAAAAACGUCAACGGACAGCGUAUACUAGGAAUCAGGUAUUGGAAUUGGAAAAAGAAUUUCAUUUCAACAAAUAUUUAACUCGAAAGAGGCGCAUCGAAAUAGCUCAUUCGUUGAUGCUAACUGAGCGACAGGUCAAAAUUUGGUUCCAGAAUCGUCGUAUGAAGCAUAAAAAAGAGAAUAAAGAUAAGCCAACGCCAACAGUACCAUUCCCAGCUGGCGCUCUUUCAUUUCAUCAUUUAGCCAGUUUUAAUCCACGUAAUUUUCUUCUAACUAAUAAUUAUACAUGA